UUUUAACUCUCUUUCUUACUCACUUCAAAAGCUUUAUCUCCGUCUCUUAGUUCGUGUAGGCAUUUACAUUUCAUUUAUGUUUGUUGGAACAAGACGUCCUUUGUCUGUCAAGAUCAUGGAGAUUCCUGCAGACGACAUCAACAAGGUUCUUAAACAACUUGGAAGCAAAAAUUUGUUCCAUCUUUCUCAGUUAGCCAUUUGGUGCUUCGCCACUAUCAUUAUUUUGAAUAACGUUAAUUUCUUCGUCUUUACAAUACCAGUAUUGAUUCCAACGUUUGGGAUAUUCGACUGGUCUGUAGAAGAACUCGACUCCAUAGACGUUGAAACCCGCAAGAUAUGGCAUCAACUGGAAAUCUUUACGAGAAUAGUGAUAUCGAUAAGCUGAACGUAAGACGAAAUAAAGGAGACAAAGGCUCAUAUUUUGGCACAAUGCAAGUAUUUUGGGGGAGCAAGUCGUUUAUAUCGGCCUCACAAGUAAUGAAAGGCCUUCAAACAAAACACCAAUGUAAAAAUUUGACUGAGGAACAACUCAUCCAACACAACCUCACGUACAGCCAAGACGAUGUCAUUUAUGGCGAAUGCACAAUUUCUUUUGACAGUUACCCAGAUUUCAACAAAACGAUACCUUGUGUGAAUGGCUACCAUUAUAUAACUCGGGUAGAUAGGUCUAUUGUUUCUAAGUGGGACUUGAUCUGUGACAAAACAGGCUUGGCAGAACUAACGCAGACGCUUUAUGUGGUUGGCCAAUUAAUCAGUGGGAUAUGCAGUCCUAUUUUUAUUGAAAAAUUCGGACGGAAACCAGUUCAUAUUGCAGCGAACAUCAUUCUCCUCGGAAUUAACCUGGUCUGUGCGUUCAGUCCUUAUUACUGGAUUUUCGCCCUUAUGAGGUUUUUCAACGGAAUAGUUAAUGAUUGUUCCUUGGUGAGUUGUUUGACUGCUGUUGUGGAAUUGUUCCCAAAGGAGAAUCGACUUCUUAUGAAUGGCAUAUUUUCCUUCGUGUGGAGUUUACUGAAUGUCGUGCCAGGUUCAGCCGCCUACCUGCUGAAAGACUACGGUUGGACCGCUUUGGCUUUUUUUAAUUGCGGCCUUUCAGCAUUUUUCAUUAUAGAAAUCCUGUUCUUGGAAGAGUCCAUUCGUUGGCUGUUUGUGCAUGGAAAAAUGGAGCAGGCCAAGAAAGUUCUGAAGAGAGCAGCUCACCAAAACAAGAUUAACUUCGACCAUCUUUGGAAGAAUUACGUAAUGGAUUGCUGUAUAGACAAAAACAUAAAUAAAAAUAAUGAAUGCACGGUGUCAAAUAGCACUAGCAAUGGGGACGCCGUACAACAUUCAAACAGCGAUGCUGGCAAUAACCAACUACAGCAACCCAUUGACACAACCCCACAAAAGAAAUCAGGAGGAGUCUGGCUUCAACUAAGUGACAUUUUCAAGAUGCCAUAUUUAAGAAAAAUUUCAAUUAUAGUCAUAAUCGUAUGGUAAUAUUAUUUUUCUUAUUAUUAAAGCGGUGAUCUAGCAGAAUCGUCAGCGUGCCACGAAAAAUGUUUCGCAGCAUUUCGUCCAUCUUUACGUUCUGAGUUCAAAUGCCGCCGAGAUCGACUUCCCUUUCACCCUUUCGAGGUUGCUAAAAUAAGUACCAUUUGAACACUGAGCUCGAUGUAAUCGACUACCUACUAACCCGAAAUUGCUGGCCUUAUGCCCAGAUUUGAAACCAAUAUAUAGGUUUCAUUGUCGACGGUUUAGCAGGAUCGUUAGAGUCAGCGAAUAUCUGCAGUAUUAUUUAUUCUGCAUCUUGAUGCUCUGCAUUCAAAUUUCACCGAGGUUGAAUUCUCCUUUCAUCUUUCUGAGAUCGAUAAAAUGAAAUACCUUCCCUGCAAAGGGAAAAUGAGUUUGCUAACUCCCAUCAGACUUACUGGUCUUGUGCCUAAAUUGGGAAUCUUUAUUUUCAAGGAGGUGAGCUGGUAGAAUUGUUAGCACGCCGGGUAAACUACCUAACAGGAUUUUAUCCGUCUUUACAUUCUGAGUAACAAUUCCACUGAAAUUGACUUCACUUUGCAUCUUUUCGGGGCCAGAAAAAUAAUUACCUGUCGAGUACGGGGAUCAAUGUUAUCGAUUUACCCCUCCACUAAAAUUACUGGACUUGUGCCAAAGUGUGGAACCAUAAUAUAAAAACUUAAACACUGAAGCAGUGUAAUAUUGUCUCAGACAAUUUCUAACGAUUCUGUUAAAACACUGACAAUGAAACCUAUACAUAUUGUUAGCUAAUUAACCUAGGUUUCAAAUUUUGACACAAAAGGCCACCAAGUUCAAAGGAGGGGGUAAGUCGAUUACAUCAACCCCAAUGCUCAUCUGGUUCUUAUUUUGUCGAUUCCCGAAAGGGAUGAAGGAUAAAGUCAAUCUCGGUAGAUUUUGAACCCACGACGUACAAACGGACGAAAUGCCGCCAGGCAUUUUGUCCGGCGUGCUAAUGAUUCUGCCAGUUCACCACGUUUAUAUAUUUUAUAAUAGUGAUUUCUAAUUUUGGCACAAAGCCAGGAAUUUACGGGGAGGGUCUAAGUCGGUUGCAUCGAUCCUAGCACUCAACUGCUACUUAUCUUAUCGACUCCCUAAAAGGAUGAAAAGUAAAGUUGAUCUGGGUUGAUUUUGAACCCUGAACGUAUAGACAGACGAAAUGUCGUUAAGCAUUUUGCCCGACAUGCUAACGAUUCUCCCAGCUCACCGCCUUAACAUCUUAGAUAAUAUGAAAAUUCGAAUUCUUUUUGUCUCUAUAUGUGCUCCUUUAUUUUAGACUUACCGCUGCAUAAUGCUAUAAAAUCUUUCGACCAUUGUACUCUUAAGAAUAAGGUUUUAGGCAUGACAAAACUUCAAAAGAAUCUGAUCAUUGACGUCUCAAAACUGAAGAAAUUUGGUUAUUAUUAUACCAAAAAAAGAAAAAUGCAAGGCGAAGAGCUGGCAGAAUCGUUAGCACGUUGGGUGAAAUGCUUAGCAGUGUUUCGUCUGCUGCUACGUUUUGGGUGCAAAUUCCGCCAAGGUCAAUUUUGCUUUUAUCCUUUCAGGAUCGAUGAAUAAAGUACCAGUGAAACACUGCAAUCGAUGUAAUCGACUUCUCUCCUUUCCCAAAAUAGCUCCUCCUCUGGCAAAAUUUGAAUCCAGAAUUAUAUCAAAAUAUCAGAAAAAGCUGUCAUUCAUUUUAUGAAUGACAAACAAAAGAAAAGAAUGCGUCAGACAUAAACAUAAAUACACACACAUUCACAUUACGGCGUGACCGGCGUGAAACAUGGUUUUUGUACACACACACACACACACACAUAUAUAUACGUAUAUGUAUAUAUAUGUAGGUGCGUUUGUGUGUAUACAUAUAUGUAUAUAUACAUACAUAUAUACGUGUGUAUGUGUAUAAAUGUAUGUACAUACAGGGCUAUAUAUAUACAUACGUGUGUGUGCGCGUGCGCAUGUCGAUAUACUUGUAUACAUGUAAAUAUGUGUGUAUGUCUUGUGUGCUUUGUGUGUAUAUCAGCUUACUUAGGAUAUCUAUAUAUCUGUAUUUAGGAAUGUAGGGGUGCAUAUGUUUAUACACGUGAGUGUAUGUUCAAAUACAUUUAUGCAUGCGUAUGUGAGAGUAUACGGAUGUCCUCAUAUAUGUAUGUAGAUAAUAUGGAUGGAUGACGUGUACAUACAUAUCUAUAAUAUAAAUUUGACAUAAGCGAACGUUGUAUUCUUUCUUGUCUUGAGGUUCACAGCCAAACGGCUCGGUGGAUUCGCGUGAAAAAUGGCACACAUGUGGAAAUUAGUGCAUAGAUUGGAAUGCGGUUUGUAUUUUUUUCCUAACCCCCAUAGUUACUGAGAAAAUCGAUUAAAACAACUAGCGUGCGUGCGUGUAUGUGUGUGUGUGAGUGCGUGUCACUGAAGCCAUUCAUACAUAUAUAACCACCCUCUCUCUCUCU